CGGGUCUGAGAAAUUAGGAGUCAAAUCUGUUUCGUCCCACGGCGGCACGGCCGGUUCUUUCCGCACCCUUUCUCUAUCCAUAUCGAGGAUUUUGUGAUUAGGGUUAGCAGUAACUAGUAUAGUCAGCACAAUUUGAUUCUUUCUCCAGGAAGCUACUUUCAUCAAUGUAUCUCUCAUCUGAGAAACCUCGUUCAAUCGACUUCUACAAGGAAGUCGCCGGAGGAGGCGAUAGGAACAUGCUAAUUGAAUCAGAACAGACACCACACAACCACCAGCAGCAACAUCAACAACAACAGCUGAUGAUUAUGGCUGAGAACAACAAUAACACAAGUAGCGGCGAAGAUCACGAACUGAGGGCUCCGAAGAAAAGAGCCGAGACUUGGGUACAGGAAGAGACUCGGAUCCUGAUCAGCCUCCGUCGUGAAGUGGAUCGGUUUUUCAACACUUCCAAGUCGAAUAAACAUCUGUGGGAACAGAUCUCGUCGAAGAUGAGGGACAAGGGUUUUGAUCGUUCGCCGACUAUGUGUACCGAUAAAUGGAGGAAUUUGCUCAAGGAGUUCAAGAAGGUGAAGCAUAAAAACAGUAAAGGAAGUAGUGGUAGUACUAAGAUGCUGUAUUAUAAGGAUCUGGAGGAGUUGAUUAGAGACAGGGCCAAAGAUGGAACUUACAAGGCCGCAUCUCCUACUUCUUCCAAGCUCGAUUCAUUCAUCCAGUUCUCAGAUAAAGGGCUAGAUGAUGGGAGUAUUCCGUUUGGACCCAUGGAAGCUAAUGGCCGAUCAACAGUCAAUAUUGAAAGACCUUUGGAUAAUGAUGGGGAUCCUCUUGCCAUAACUACAGCAGAAGCAGUUGCCGGAAAUGGAGUCCCCCCAUGGAACUGGAGAGACACCCCUGGGAAUGGUGGUGAAGGUCAAUCUUGUUAUGGGAGGAUCAUAACAGUGAAAUGGGGAGAAUACACUAGAAGAGUUGGUAUAGAUGGAUCAGCAAAAGCAAUAAAAGAGGCAAUAAAAUCAGCAUUUGGGAUAAGGUCAAAACGGGCAUUUUGGUUGGAAGAUGAAGAUGGUGUGAUUCGUGCACUAGACAGGACAAUGCCUGUAGGGAAUUAUAAUCUCCACCUAGAUGAAGGGGUGUCUAUAAAGAUCUGCCAUUAUGAUGAGUCUGAAAGAAUAGCUGUGCGUACUGAAGAUAAGACGUUCUAUACAGAGGAGGAUUUGCAUGAGUUUCUGAGUGGGCGUGGUCUGUCUGGAUUAAGAGAGAUUAAUGGGUACAGAAGUUUUAACAAUGUCGAUGAUUUACGCCUUGGUGCAGCUUACCAAGGGGUCAGACUCCUUGGAGGAGACUAGAUUUAGAAUUUCCUCUAUUUCUUAAUGCAUCAACCAUGUAAUAAUACUCAAAAUAUUCCAUGUAAAAAUUCAUCAAACAGAUCACGUCAUUAUUUAUUUA